AUGUCAAUUAGAUCUAAUAAUAUUUCUGAUUUUCGAAUUGAAAAUGCUAGCCAUGUAUAUCAUACUAAUCACGAUAAUGUACCAUCAACUUCAACCAAUUCACAAAUUGCCUUGAUCGACAGAAAUGCUAGAAUUGAGGUUCAAUUUUUAUGUUAUUUCCAUCUAUUAGAUUCUGGAUAUACAGAUGUUGCUAACAAUUUUAAAAAUGAAAUUAUUGAAAAACGAUUGCUACCGAAAUAUCGACUAUUUAAUGGACAGGAAGUUUAUUAUACUUUUGAUGAGGCUGUUAAAAAAUAUAGACGAUUCGGUACUACUAUUUUUUCACUAGCUGGACAAGUAAAAAAUUUACGUUGUGAAACUAAAAGAGAAAUAGGAAUUUCAAAUAAAUUGAGAAUAUUUACUAAUAGCAUGAAUCAUAAAAAUAAUUUUAUACGUACACAAUGUUUUUCAAGAUUUUAUACAUUAAUAACAACUAAACCAUUAACAUCAAUCCAAAUAGAUCGUUUCCUAGAAAAAAAUUCUAAAAUUACACCUCUUAUUUCAUUACCUUAUUUAACACCAAAACAUGAAAAAACAUUAAUUUCACCAGAAAUGUAUAGUAAAAUGGUUCAGCAAUAUAGAAUAUUAUUACAUUCAAAUGCAAUAUAUACAUUAAAAUUUGAUAAAACAAAUCAGUUUAUAAUUACAGGAUCAGACGAUACAUCAUUUAAAAUUUUUGAUACAAGAACUGGUUUAAUACGGCAUACUUUACGUGGGCAUACAGAUCCAAUAAUUGAAGUAUCAAUAUCUCAUGAUAAUCAGUUAAUGUGUUCAACAUCAGUUAGAGGAUUCACCAUAUUUUGGAAUGCAAGUACAGGUGAAUAUUUAACAUCUAUGAAUCCACAUACAGCUGAUAUAUCAAGUAUAAAAUUUUUACCAUUUGUUGAUGGUGAUUAUCAAUUUCUUGUAUCAGCUGGUAAAGAUGGUCUUGUAUUAUUUUAUCGUUGGAAUAAAAAAACACUAGAAGUUCAUAUGGAUCCAAUAAUUUUUAAUGAAAAAAAAUCAACAAAAAGUCCAAUUCUUGGCAUGAUUCAUUCACCUGGAGGAAGUUUUGUUUUAGCUGGUGGAUCUCGUGCUAUAUUUGUCUAUUUUGUAGAAAGUAUUUCAAAUGUUAAAAAAAUAUUUGAAUAUCAAUUAAAUAAUGUAAAAGCUGAUACUCUUGAUUGGGCUCCAUAUGAUAUUAAAUUUAGUGUUGGUGCUGAUGACGGCACAUUACGUAUAUUUACAUGUAUUGGAGAGAAUAAUUUUAGUGAAUUAUGUAUUAAACUUCCACAAAGUGUAUUUACAAAUCAAUGUAAACAAAAAAAUAUUAAUAAACCAUUAAAAGCAAAAUUUACACCAAAAGGUGAUAAAAUUAUUGUUUCAUCAAGUGAUAAUAUAUUACGUCAAUAUUGUGUUUGUACUGGAAAUCUUCUAACUGAAUUUAUUGGUCAUUCUGUUGGCGUUUUUACUUUAAUUAUAAAUCCCAUCAAUGAACGUGUAUUUGUAUCUGGAGGUGAUGAUGGAAAAUUAUUUAUAUGGGAUAUGGUUACAGGAAAGGCAUUAUUUAAAGUUGAAAAUAGUCCAGAUGAUCUUGCUGUAUUUGGAAAUGGUUCAAUACAUGAAUUGCUAUUUAGCGAAGAUGGACAAAAUAUUUAUUUUAGUGAUCAUUUAGGAAGAUUAUCAUGUUAUUGUAUACAAAAACUUGAACAAUUUUCUCAUGUACCUGAACAACAAUUUUUCCAACAUGAAUUUCAUGAAUCUCAAUUAGAUAAUUAUGUAAUGUUUGAUAGUGAAACUGGUGUAAGAUAUGAUAAAGCACCACCAACAAGAUUAUGUAAUCAAGAAGAAAUACCAUAUGGUGAAGAUAUUCAAAGAAUGGUAGCAGGAUUUGCCCAAAUGAAAGAUGUUUCACAAUUAGCUGAAGGUACUUCAUUAUGGAAAACAAGAGAAUUAUUACCACAAUUAAAAGAUUGUGAAAAAAUUGCUUGGGAAGAGAAUAUAAAAGUUGAAUCAUUAAAAGAAAGAAAACGUUAUGAAAUAUUAUGUAAAACAGGUCCUGCCAAACAAGUUCAAGAAUUGUCAACGACAUCAAAUAAUCAAUCGCAGAUUUAUACAUUGCGACAAGGUGCAAUUUCUCCUCCUCAAAGACAAUUAACUGAAGCUGAAAAUAUUUUAUUAAAUCUUGCAUCAGAUGACUCAUCUGAUGAAAGUUAUACUGCUGAUGAUGAUAAUGAUAAUCCUGCUCAAUUAAUUGAAAAUUCAGAACAAGAUGAUGAAGCAAAUGAUUCUGAAUUUGUUCCUAAUUCUGAAAGAGUACGUGAAGGAAGAAGAAAUAGACAACCAUUACAAACUGGAUUAUUAAGUCGUGGAACAAGAUCUCGACCAAGAGUUACUGAGUCAUCAGAAGAUCAAGAAGUUGUUGUAUCUCAAAAUAAUAGAGAAAGAAGAGUAACACGUGCUACAGCUAGAAAUUUAUUGAGUAAUGAAGAAUUAGAACAACAACUUCCUGUAAGAAGAGGAAGAAGAAGACGAUUACAAAAUGUUUCUUCUGAUGAAGAAAGUGUUGGAGUUACAGAAGCAAGACAUGAAUUAGAGGAGUUAAGUGAUGUAAAUAAUAUUGUUGAAAAUGAUGGAAUUGGUUCUGAUGGUUCUAUGGAUGAAAGUUUUUUAAGUGAUGAAGAAGGAAGUUUCCAUUCAUCAGUAGAAUUAGAUGAGUUAACUCUUGAAAAUGAUGAAGAUGAUGAAAGACAAAAUAAUAGAAAUAGUCGAACUUCUAGAGGAAGAGGAGUUAAUUUUUCAGAUGAUGAUGAUGAUGAUGAUGUUAAUAAUGAUGAGGAAAUGGAGGAAGAAAGAGAACCACUUUAUCAAAAUGAAAAUAUUCAUAAAAAUAUUAAAUAUCCUUUAGAUAUUUAUCCAUCAAGUGCAUUGGUCGUUAAAGUUCGUAGAUCUCCAUAUACUCCUCAACUUGGUGAUCAUGUUGUUUACUUUAAACAAGGCCAUCAAGAAUAUGUAAAUAAUGUUAAAGAAAAAAAUUUAUUUAGAUUAAGUAAAAAAUAUUUUGUAAGACCUGAAUUUGGUCCUGAAGUUGUAUGUUAUGUUAUUGGUGUAGAUUAUGUUGUUAAACCUCAUCAAUUAACAAAAUUAACUUUACUUCCUACAAAUGAACUUAUGUGCCCAUAUGUUGAACCAUUUGAUAUUUAUUAUCAUGAUGAGGAUGGUAUAGCAGAUUUUAUAAUUUUAUAUGAUCAUUAUAAAAAAGCAAUAAAUGAAAAUUUUAAGAAAAAUAUGGAGGUAGAAGCUAUUAUUGAUAAAGAUUAUUGGGUUGGAAAAAUUGUUGAAAUUAAACCAUGUGAUGAUGCAUAUCCUUCCUCAUCAUGGAAUAAAAUUCUUGUAAAAUUUCCUAAUGAACAAAGCAUUGAUGGAGAGGAACAACAAUUUUUUUCACCCUGGGAAAUUAUGCCUAAGAAACAAUCACGGGUUAGUAAUGAUAAAGCAACAGAAAGUGAGUUAGAUGAAUUAGCUAAAGUUGACGAGAAUACAAAUGACUGGGGUAACUUUACUCGUAUGGAAAUUUUAUCACGAGCUAAAACUGUUAUUGAUGCUAUUAUAAGUCAUCCUGAAGCAGACUUAUUUGUUGAGAAGGUUGACUUAAAAACAUAUGAUGAUUAUCUUUUACACGUCAGCCAACCAAUUGAUCUUCAAAUUAUUAAAGAAAGACUUGAAAAUAAUUACUAUAGACGCCUUAUUUCAUUGGAAGAUGAUAUUAGAAGACUUGUAUACAAUUGUAUAAAUUAUAAUUAUGAACAUUCUGAAAUUACUAAUAAAUCAAAAGCAAUUGCUGAAACAAUUAUUUCAUAUAUUUAUAGUCAAAAUAGUGAUACAGAUAUUUUAAAUGAAUUUGAAAAUAAUAUUAACAAAGCUGAUGAAUUAAAUUUAUGGAAAAAACCUUCAACAUCUGAAGUAGCUAAGAAAUUUGAAAGUGUUAUUACUGCUAUUGCAGAUCAAAAUGUUUCAACAUCAUCUGUAAAUUGUAAUAAUAAAAGAGAAUGGUGGAUUAUUGAAUUUUUAAAUACUUUUAAUAAUCAAAGUGGAAAAAUUGUUAAAGAAAUUGAACGAUUAUCUGAAGAAUCAAAUGAAAGUGUAUAUGAAAUAAAAGAAAUUGUUAGAAAAAUAAAUGAGAUGGUACAAAAAUGUGAAAUUGGUUCAAUAAAUAAUCCUAUGGAAAUAAAAAAUGAAUUAAAUGAUAUACAUGAAAAAAUGUCUCAACUAAAUGUUGAUAGAAGAGGUGGAUUACAUUCACGUAUAACCUCAUUUAAAAAUAUAUCAAUUAAAAUUAUAAAUGGAAUUAUCUCUAGAUAUAAUGCAUCUACUGAUUUUGAUGAAGCAGAAGAAUCAAAUCAUGCAUUUGAAGAAACUAAUAAUAGAAGACGAGCAAGACGAAAAGCUGCUCCUUUAAGUUUUGCUGGUUUACAAAUUAUUACACAGGCAGGGCGUGUUAACAGACCAUCAAGAGCAGCUAAAGGUAAUGUUGUUUCAUAUAAUGAAAAUAUAAUAGAAACAAUGGUAUAUAAUAAUCAUGACUUUGAUGAUCAUGAAAUGCCUAGUGGUAGUCAGAUAACAAAUAAUUCAAGAUUAAGAAAAAGAAGAAGAACAAAAGAAAAUAAUUAUGGUGGGUUGUCAAGUAGUGAUGAUGCCGGUAUUUCAGAAGACGUCGAUAAUUCUGAUUACGAGGUCAAUCGUCCUGUUAAAAAACGAACAAGACGAAAUAAUGAAGAAAAAGAAACGUGUUUUGAUACAAAUGCUCGUCCUACUUCGUCAAUGUCAUCUUCAUCAUCAUCAAAAUCUAUGACAUCUACUAACUCAUUAGCCUCAUCAUCAACUGUUAGAAAUUUACGUUCAAGAACUAGAAGAGAUGUGCAUGAAAAUGGUUCUUCGUCUACUUCAACAAGAAGAUCUAGCAGAAGAUGA